AUGAAUCGCAAUAUCGAGAAUACUCUCGGGGGAUUAAUCCCCACUCUCUCUGGCCCAGUGCCCGAGGAACUUGUCACGCUUGCCGCAUCACUUGUCACACAGUCUCGCUCAAAGGCGAGUAAUUUGAAACCAGAGGAGGAGAUUGCUCGGGGUUAUGCUUGUGCGCAUUUGGCUGCUGAAAGGUUAAAACAACGAUUUAAUCUCCCCAAAAUAGAGCCCCGGCCACCCUGUCCACCCCGCGUUUACCAGGCUCUUUACCGACAUCUCGAAAAUGCGAUUCCAGAGCGACGAGGACGCGGUCGACCCAAGAAAAUCGAUAUCGCAAGUGCCAUGGCUGGAGACGAAGAAGGAGUGCCAAAGACAUCAACCGGCAGCGAAGAGAAAGGCCGAGGUCGACAACCACCGAAUGGUAACAGGAGUAAUUCUGGAGCAGACUUGUCGCGUAAACGGAAGGCUCCCGGCGACGAGGACAUUCCUCUGAUUACACCGCAACGCGGAAGAGGGAGGCCAAGAAAGAUCACAAGUCAUCACCCUCUACCUGAGCCUUCCAAUGAUGACAAGGUACCGUUGUGGGUCAUGCCCAUGGUUCGACAUGUCUGCAAAACGCUCGAGACGCCCGCGGCGCCGCCACAUGUAUACGCUGGAGUAUCGUCCGUUCUGCCAAGGUUUCAGGAAGAAGACAGUCAUAAAGACGGUCGAGAAAAGCGAGAUGGAGGGAUUGUACAGUCAACGCAGGAGCCCGAAUCAGUUACUCCAUUGGAUGAAACAGAGGCGCCGACAGAUUCGACUGGCGAGUCCCAGGGAGCAGAGCAGCAUCAACGGCAAGAUGAAUUGCAGCCACCAGACGUCAAUACCCCCCCAAAGUCCAAUACCGUUGCGUCUACUGCUGUCGACGGGAGCACAAAGAGAGUCGCAAAACCUAAUGGGAGAUUACAUCUUCCUCCGCUGAUACUCGCGGUAUAUUUCUUCGUUGUCGCGCGUCUGAUGAACCAGGAAACGAGCCCAGAGGAGUACAUGCGUCUUCGCAGACAAGCCAUGGACGCUAUCGGGGUAUGGGCAGCCAGUUUAACACCCGAUGCGAGGAAGAAGUUUAUCGCUGAUCCUGCGACGGCGAAAUUUAUGGGGUCUGGCGUUGAACGCGCUUUGAAUACUGGUAACUCAGGCUCUCAGGUCAUCAGUGACACCCAAACGACGAGCAAUGACGCCAAUGAUAAUGCCAACGCCACAGCAACAGAAGAGGCACCAGAAUUACAAGACAGAAGCACCCUUGAGAACGCAUUCAACGACCAAUUCUUCUUCCCCUCGGGACUCGUGGAUCGCGCCUUGCAAAACAUGGCGAAACAAGGGUGGUUAAAGAUGGAGUGGUUCCAGAACAUUAUUCCUGGUGCAGGCGUACGGGUCGGUGGCGGCGAUAGCAGUAUCCCUGAUGCUGCCGAUGCGGCUGCCGAUAUAUCUGCCAACGACGGCAGAAGAAGAGGAAGGCCCGGUCGUCCUCGCAGACAAGUGGCCACAUCUGAUCCAGAUGCCAUGGAUAUUGAUACGCCGCAGGAACUAGACGAGGAUGAUCAAGACGUGUAUGCUGAACGAGAAGAUGACGAAGCAGAGCAACAGGCCUUUGUCGCACAGGAUGAUCCCAGUCUACAAAGCGGCCUGGGUAGUAUGCUCAAUCCCCGAGUCGACUUUCUCCAUCCAGCCCGUCGAGAAGAAUAUAAAGAUUGGAAAGCAGGUAUUCUUGCCCGAGUCGACGAGGUGGAACUCCAACGCUCUGCUGCCGGUGCUCCGAACCCUGUGGCCGUAUAGUAGCCUGUAGUAGCAUAGCACAGCACGCUCAAUUUACUCUCUAUAUAUUCAUAUCCUCUUCUUUUGAUCGGGC